AUGAAACCCCUCCCCUUUCCCCUCGCCCUCCACCUCGGCACCGACAUCGUACACAUCCCACGAAUCGCCCGCCUCGUAACCCGACCCGGCAACUACCUCGCGCGCUUCACGCGCCGCAUACUCUGCGCCCAAGAACAGCGCGACUUCACCACCCGUUUCGCGCUUCCUCCCUCCUACACCAGCGAAUCUCUCCUUUCACAAUCUCAACGUCAAUCUCCGACCAUAACACCAGACAUGACACGUUGGCUGGCCGGCCGCUUCGCUGCGAAAGAGGCCGCGCGCAAAGCUGCCCCUACCGGCGGGGCGGGGUCAAUUGGGUGGAAGGAUGUUAUGGUGCGGGCUGAGGAGGAGGAUAGUGAGAAGAUGUCUAUGAAAAAGGGGAAGAGUUCAAGGCCGGAGAUUGUGUUUCUUGGUGUUGGGGGGGAGGAGGAUAGGUUGGCUCGGAACUGGGCUUCUGCGACCGAUCUAUCCUAUGUCCGGGUGCGCCGCAUUGACAAGGCCGGACUUGGAUCACGGCUCGGCGUGCGGAUUCAUUGCAAGCAGCGUCUCCCGAGAGCAGUUUGCUAA